AAAAGCGCAGGGGCACUCGACGAUUCAAAACGCAGAAAAUUAGGCGACGGGAACGAUUUCACCCCUCUCUUCUUCCCUCUCUCGGACGCUCUAUUCUCUCGAUCCCUUCGUCCAUUCGAAUCGCCCCGUCUUUCCUUUAGAUGGGAUCACCAGAAGAGGCCAUAGAAAUAAAUAUCUUGGAAAGACGCUUGUUGGCAGGUUCAACUUCAAAUGAGUAUUCUGAUGCUGAUGACGACACAAUUCUCUAUAGUGCAUCUUUUGAAGAGAUGGAAGAUAACUAUGUCAAAUAUCAAACAGCUCAGUGGAUUCUAUAUUCCUUACUUCUGAUGUUGGCAUGGGGAAUAGGGGUCUUCAUGCUGCUUUACUUGCCAAUACGAAGACGCAUAUUGCGGAAGGAUUUUCAGUCUAGGAAGCUAUAUGUGACCACCAAUGCUAUUAUUUACAAGGUGACAAGACCACUAUCUUUCCCUUGUUUUGGAGUUCUGAAGAAGGAGAAGCAUGUACUUCUCCCUUCAGUUGCAGAUAUUGUAAUUGAACAAGGAUAUCUGCAGUCCUUUUUUGGGAUAUACUCUGUCAGAAUUGAGAAUGCAAGAGUAAGAAGGCCUGCAAGUGAUGAUGUUCAGAUCCAAGGAAUUGCUCAUCCAAGGGCUUUCCGGAAGGCUGUUUUAACACAUAUUUCAAAUAUGAGGAGUGAAGGCUUCAGUCAGCAGGCUUCUGUAAAUGAUGAUCCCCAAUCUUUGGUUUCUGGUCCUCAACCUGGUACUUGGAUGUCACCGUAUGGAGAUAUGAUAUUGCAUAAACUUGAGGAGGUUGAAAGUUCUAUAAAGAAGGUACAUGCCUGGAUUGAGAAGCAGGCUCGGAAAGCAGAACCUGUAGUUUGAUAAGAGGGAACUCCAUAUAUGCUAUUGAUCAAGGUUUUAGUUCAUUAAUUUGCAUCUUUACGUGAUUUUUCUUAUAUAUGUAUAUGUACAUUUAUGUAUGUAUGCACGGUGGCUCCAACAUUUUAUGCAUGGUUUGCAGAUGAGCUUAGCUUUGCCCCAUAUUCUUUUCUACAUUCGUGCAGCACCUAUCAUAGGUCCAUAACCUCCAGCUUUCAUUGCCUGGA